GGAGGUUUAGCCCAAAGAAUCAUUUCAGAAUUAGUAAAAUUUAGCGCCAUUUAAUAUUCCUCCAGAAGAUGGUAUUUAUUUCUCUAUUAACUAGUAAACACAAUUAUUACAAUACUUCAUCUUUCCCAAACAGCUUUAUUUUAAGCAUAGGAUGCUUUAAUCUUUAAAGGAGAAUUUUUUAAUUAUUAAGGCUUAGAUUUGCGAUAAUUAUUCAAAUCUAAAGGAGGUUACUUUAUGGAAAGUAAAUUAAAACCAAAAUAAAAGAAGAAUUGAUUAUUAUCAAGAAUAUUAUAAACAUUAUAUUUAAAUUUUUUAGUUAUCAGAUAUAAAUAAUUCAUGUUAUAAUGUCAUUUAACCAUUGUUAAAGGGAUGGAAGGAAAAUAGAUAAUUUUAGUAAGGGAAGCCCUCUGAGGAAAGGACCAAAGAUAGCUUUGCAUAAUCGAUCUAAAUUUAUUAUUAAAGGGAAAUAUGGAAGUACAGACGUGAUUUUAUUCACAGCAAUAAAAUUCAUCUUUUGAAAUAGUAUAUCUGUUAAUCAAAUAUAUUAAUAUUGAUUAAUGAUUGA